CACGAGAAAGAACCAGUUAGGGAAAAUGGCUGACUAUGCAUUAGGUCGUGUUUUGACAAUUUCACGUCUUUGAUUACGGUAGUCGGAAAUACAGUGCGUCAUAUGUUAAAAUAUGAUUUCGAUCGUAACGUGAGAUAAAUACUUUAGUGGUGGCUAAAAAUAUCUGUCGGUACACGUGACUCGAUCGUCUAAGAAAAUCCUGUCAAAACUUGUCUGGACAUGUUUUAAGAAGUAGCUGCCAUCAGGAAAUACUCAUUAUGCACGCUUAAAAAGUUCGUAAACAGCCUUUGUGUGGACAUUACUGGUAUAAUAGAACCUUUUAUACUAUUGAUAAUCGAAAAUUUAUACCGAUUGGCAACUUAUGUGAUAUAAUAUAAUGAUAUUGUAUAAGAUGAAAGUAUUUAUAAUAUUCCUAUAAAAGAGAAAUACAAACGAUAUACUUUUGAGGCGAUAAAAUGCCUGUCAAUCCAUUUAAUAAUGGGACAGCAUUUCGCUAGUCUCAGAGAAUUUUUUAGAAUGGAUAGUGAACGACAGUCUUCCGAAGCGUGUGCUAAUGUUAUUCAGUUGUCGCACUUAGAAAUGACGAAUCAAGACGGUAUAGAGAAUUUAAACGAUAAUAAAAAUAAUGGAAAUGUACCUGUGUUAAACUCUAAUCUGAUCUUGCACGGCGAAUGCAAGCUGGAUGGACAUUUAGACAACGAUCAUUUAAAUUUAGAUCUAGAUAAUCAUAAUUCUAAAUUUGAAACUUUGUACAGUCAACCAGUUGAAACUGAGGAUUCCAAGCAACUUUGUAACAAUGGAAAUAUAACUAGCGAGAUACGAUACAAACAACAGGAGCCAUGUUGCAGCAGUUCUGAGGGUAGUAAUACUAGUAGUAGUUCAGAAGAUAGUCCUGUGAAUCCUCCUUUACGGAGAUCUUCUAAAACUUUAUCAUUCGGGAAACGGAAAGGUAAACAGCGUAACAAGGAUCAAAGUCCUGUAUGUACCCACGUUUUAUCUUCGAAAAAGAAACGAAGCAAUUGGGUAUUGAAAUUUAAUUGUGCCAAGAGCAAAAGUUCUAAAAGCACUGAUAUUAUUCCUGGUCACGGGAAUAAUAGUUCAGAUUGCGUGUGUACCGGUUAUAGAAGAACUGAAGAGCAUCCUAUAGGAGCUGGCGUGAUAUUUAAUAGUCGAUCCGCUCCGCAAAGUCCAGUGCUUGGACCUCUUCCACCCAGCCCUGUAAUCGAUCUUUCAAGGUUCAAUCCAGAGGAGUUUCCAAUGGAAGAUUGCGACGAAAGAGCUCGAUUACAGCGCGCACGAGAAAUGGAGGAAGGUAUCGAACCUCCUCCUGGUUAUAAGCCUACUAAUUCUUCAGGGAUACAAGUACAUCCAAAUGGCAUAACCGUAGACAGUUUAGCCGCGUUAUUUCAAGCACAUGCUGGCAUACACGCUGCUGCGCUCACAGCAUUAUCCCAAAUUGAUUUUACUUUAAUUCCGAAUCUCGAAAGGCUGGCACAUACACAAGUUGAUUACGUCCAUUGUCUUGUACCAGAUCUCAGAUCAAUUACUGCUUGUUCUUUUUAUUGGGGUAAAAUGGAUAGAUACGAAGCCGAACGUUUGCUAGAAGACAAGCAAGAAGGCACGUUCUUGUUGCGGGACUCAGCUCAAGAGGAGUUCUUAUUUUCUGUUAGUUUUCGAAAAUACGGACGUUCUCUGCAUGCGCGAAUUGAACAGUGGAAUCAUAAAUUUAGUUUCGAUUCGCAUGAUCCAGGCGUGUAUGCCUCGGAAACGGUGUGUGGUUUAAUCGAGCAUUAUAAGGAUCCAUCUUGUUGUAUGUUCUUCGAACCUAUGCUUACGAUACCAUUACACCGAAAUUUUGCUUUUCCAUUACAACACUUGUGCCGUGCGGUUAUAACCACGCGAACGACAUACGACGGUAUAAAUAAGCUGCAAUUGCCAAAGACGCUUAAAAGUUAUCUCAAGGAAUACCAUUACAAGCAAAGGGUACGAGUCAGGCGAUUGGAUACUGAGAACGAUUUGCAGUCAGAUGGAAGAUCCAUAUCAUACAGUAGUUCCCGCUGUCAAGUAACAAAAUCGGGACCCCCGAUUAUUUUGAAGGCGGUGUAAGGUAGAAAAUUUUAUCUUGCAUCUAGGUCGAAGCCUAACGGCUCGCUCGAAAGGAGAGUGAAUGGGAUGCAAAGAGAAUGAGCGAGGUAGAACAAUAGCAAAUGAUUCUCGCAUUAUAUGCGCUUGAUCAUCACAACCUCAAAGUGAUGCAUAUCGAUGUAUGAAUCACUAUUGUGAAAUAAAAUUUUUUGUUAUAUCUUUGCGAGGAUAUUAUUAAUGAACUGACGUGACUUCCCGAUGAGAAUGAGUCCAAACGUUGACUCAUUCGGACUAUUAUUAAUCGUACGUUAUUCUAAUCAUUUCUAUAUAGAUUUCAACUACGUAUAUUUAAGACUUGUCUGCGAAGAGUCGUGUUUGGAAUUAUUUUCACGGGAAAACCCACGUCGAUCUUCUAUUAAUAUUUUCGUAAAAAUAUAUCGACAAAUAAAAACAAUUGUUUGUUUCCACUAGAAGAUGAAAUUCGGUCCCUUUUACGUAUUUUAUCGCUAUGGUUCGGAACAUCUUGGCCGAUCGAGCUGAACAAAUAUAAACAGUGGUGGGUACGAUUCCGAAACUUGAAUUCGGUCUAGGAAUUGGCUUUGGAAACUGGGAACUACUGUAUUUAUAUUUAAUAUGAGUCUCUGUAUUCAUAUUCAAUAGAAUUAUCAUACGUUACUUUAUUAAUUUUUCAUUCGCAUCUACCAGUUUAUUACAGUCAUACAUGGCAUAUGUACAGUAUUGGGACCAAUAUCACUGCCAGGAGUGUCGAUACUUACAAAAAGUGUGUUGAUUUUUUCGUGAUCGUUGAAAAAAAAAUUUGAGGAAUGAUGAUUUUCUUAAUAUUGUCCGUCCUUUAUGUUUUUUCAUUCUAUAUUUCUAAAUACGAUUCUUCUACUAUUAUGGGCUUGCGAUUGUAUUUACAUUCCUGUGAUAAGUAUCGAUAAUUUUUUAACGGAAUAUCUGAUUUAAGGAUUGGAGAAAAGAACGAUUUGGAUCCACUAUUAUCAUAUGCACAGUAUUAUAGCAUCGAAGAUCGGAAAUUCUUUUCGAUUCUUCUAUCAACAGAAUAAUUGCAAUAUUAGCAAGUAAACCAUAAAUAUUCUGCAUAAAACAGAACAGUAGCUUAAUUUAAACAGUAGCUAUCAUUUUAACCCUAUCAACAUCUACAUUCACAUCACAGAUACAUAUAUUCAUUGAUUUGGAGAAAGCAACAUGUAAAUACAUUACAAUGGCCACUUGAGAUACACAACAUACUAUAAGUUUCAUGUGUUUUAGUGUUUAAACUUUUAUUAUUAUGUUUCUCAUUUAUUUGUAAUUUGAUUUUAUCAAUAUUCAUACAAAAUACAACUGGAUUUAUACGUUUAUUGUGUUUGUUAGAAAUUAUGAAUGCCUUACGUUUGAUAUCAUGGUACAUUUGUUUCUGAACACGAUAGUUGUACUUUAAUUUUCAUGAAAUUUUAUUCAUAUCGCUCCUGUUGUGCCUACUUACAUGCGAAAUAUCAUUAUUGAAAAACUGUCUGUGUUCGUGUUUAUCAUUAUUAAAUAUAAAGAAACUCAAAAAA